AUGGCUAUGCAGAUGCAGCUUGAAGCAAAUGCAGAUACUUCAGUAGAAGAAGAAAGCUUUGGUCCACAACCUAUUUCUCGAUUAGAGCAAUGUGGUAUAAAUGCCAAUGAUGUGAAGAAAUUGGAAGAAGCUGGAUUUCAUACCGUAGAGGCUGUUGCCUAUGCACCAAAGAAGGAGCUAAUAAAUAUUAAGGGGAUUAGUGAAGCCAAAGCUGAUAAAAUUCUGACUGAGGCAGCUAAAUUAGUUCCAAUGGGUUUCACCACUGCAACUGAGUUCCACCAAAGGCGAUCUGAGAUCAUACAGAUUACUACUGGCUCCAAAGAACUUGACAAACUGCUUCAAGGAGGAAUUGAGACUGGAUCCAUCACAGAGAUGUUUGGAGAAUUCCGAACUGGGAAGACUCAGAUCUGUCAUACAUUGGCUGUAACAUGCCAGCUUCCCAUUGACCGAGGUGGAGGUGAAGGAAAGGCCAUGUACAUUGACACCGAAGGUACCUUUAGGCCAGAACGGCUGCUAGCAGUGGCUGAGAGAUAUGGCCUCUCUGGCAGUGAUGUCCUGGAUAAUGUAGCAUAUGCCCGAGGGUUCAACACAGACCACCAGACCCAGCUCCUUUAUCAGGCAUCGGCCAUGAUGGUAGAGUCCAGGUAUGCACUGCUAAUUGUAGACAGUGCCACUGCCCUCUACAGAACAGACUAUUCGGGUCGAGGUGAGCUGUCAGCCAGGCAGAUGCACUUGGCCAGGUUUCUGCGGAUGCUUUUGCGACUUGCUGAUGAGUUUGGUGUAGCAGUGGUAAUCACCAACCAGGUGGUAGCCCAAGUGGAUGGAGCAGCCAUGUUUGCUGCAGAUCCUAAAAAACCUAUUGGAGGAAAUAUCAUUGCUCACGCCUCAACAACAAGACUGUACCUGAGAAAAGGAAGAGGGGAAACCAGAAUCUGCAAAAUCUAUGACUCUCCAUGUCUUCCUGAAGCUGAAGCUAUGUUUGCCAUCAAUGCAGACGGAGUGGGAGAUGCCAAAGACUGA